UCUGUUUCUUUCCCCUAUUAUUUUCCACUCAGCUUCUCGCAGUUUAAAAUGGCGGCGUUGAGCAGCGCCGAGUCCCCACCGCCCGUCUUCAACGGAGACACCAUGGACCGUGAUCCGGAGCGGGAGCGGGGACUGGACGAACUGGGCGCUGGGCUCGACACCACUUGCACCGGGGGGAUUCCCGAAUGUCAGCAAGACAUUCCCGAGGAGAUCUGGAACAUUAAGCAGAUGAUUAAGUUGACACAGGAGCACUUAGAAGCCCUUCUGGACAAGUUUGGAGGAGAGCACAACCCUCCGUCCAUAUACCUGGAGGCCUAUGAGGAGUACACCAGUAAGCUAGAUGCUCUGCAGCAACGGGAACAGCAGCUCCUGGAGGCCAUUGGGAAUAGCACAGAGUUCUCCUGCUCCUCUCCCACGCCCGCCGCCCUGCUGGAUGUCAAGCUGGGGGGCGCACAGGGCUUCCCCCCAGCCCCUAACACCCUGGCCGUCCUGCAGACCCCCACCGACGCCGCCCGCGGCAACCCUCGCUCACCGCAGAAGCCUAUCGUCAGGGUGUUCCUGCCCAACAAACAGAGGACUGUGGUCCCAGCUCGCUGUGGAAUGACUGUGAGGGAUUCACUGAAGAAGGCUCUGAUGAUGAGGGGUCUGAUUCCCGAGUGCUGUGCUGUCUACAGGAUACAGGAUGGGGAAAAGAAGCCGCUUGGCUGGGAUACAGAUAUCUCCUGGCUGACAGGCGAGGAGCUUCACGUGGAGGUUCUGGAAAACGUGCCGUUGACCACCCAUAACUUUGUGAGGAAGACUUUCUUCACGCUGGCCUUCUGUGAUUUCUGCCGGAAGCUCCUGUUCCAGGGCUUCCGCUGUCAAACAUGUGGUUACAAGUUCCAUCAGCGCUGCAGCACUGAGGUCCCGCUCAUGUGUGUGAACUAUGACCAACUAGAUUUGCUGCUGGUCUCCAAAUUUUUUGAGCACCACCCCAUCACUCAGGAGGAGGUGUCGUCCGAGGGGACCACCCCCAUGUCCGAGGCGUGUCCGUCCCUGCCGCCCUCCGACUCAACCGGGUCCCUGUGCCACGCCAGCGUCUCCCCGUCCAAGUCCAUUCCCAUCCCACAGAAUUUCCGCCCAGGGGAGGAGGACCACCGCAAUCAGUUUGGCCAGAGGGAUCGCUCCUCCUCGGCCCCAAACGUCCAUAUCAACACCAUCGAGCCGGUCAACAUUGACGACUUGAUUCGUGAUCAAGGUUUACAGAGGUCUGAUGGAGCCCCCCCGACCCACCCAGCUCGCUGCUUGAGGAAACAGCGCACGCGGACCUCAAGCCCCCUCCUAUACUCCUACCCCAAUGACACUGUCUUUGAUUUUGACACAGAGCCUGUGUUCCGAGGAACAACGGCAGGACUGUCAGCCACGCCCCCUGCCUCGCUGCCAGGCUCCCUGACCAGUGUGAAGGUGCCGCAGAAGUCGCCAUGCCAACAGCGGGAGCGCAAGUCGUCGUCUUCGUCUGAGGACCGCAAUAAAAUGAAAACCCUGGGCCGCCGGGACUCGAGCGAUGACUGGGAGAUCCCCGAGGGGCAGAUCACACUGGGCCAGCGGAUAGGAUCCGGGUCCUUUGGAACCGUCUACAAGGGGAAGUGGCACGGUGAUGUGGCUGUGAAGAUGUUGAACGUCACCGCGCCCACCCCUCAACAGCUGCAGGCAUUCAAGAACGAAGUGGGCGUCCUCAGGAAAACCCGUCAUGUGAACAUCCUGCUGUUCAUGGGCUACACCACCAAGCCCCAGCUGGCCAUAGUCACGCAGUGGUGCGAGGGCUCCAGCCUCUACCACCACCUGCACAUCAUUGAGACCAAGUUUGAGAUGAUCAAGCUCAUCGACAUCGCCCGUCAGACAGCGCAGGGCAUGGACUACCUGCAUGCCAAAUCCAUCAUCCAUAGAGACCUGAAGAGCAACAACAUCUUCCUGCAUGAGGACUUGACGGUGAAGAUCGGUGACUUUGGCCUGGCCACGGUGAAGUCUCGCUGGAGCGGCUCGCACCAGUUUGAGCAGCUCUCUGGGUCCAUCCUGUGGAUGGCCCCUGAGGUGAUCCGGCUUCAGGACAAGAAUCCAUACAGUUUCCAGUCGGACGUGUACGCCUUCGGCGUCGUGCUAUACGAGCUGAUGUCUGGAGUACUGCCCUACUCGAACAUCAACAACAGAGACCAGAUCAUAUUUAUGGUGGGCCGGGGCUACCUGGCUCCAGACCUGAGUAAAGUGCGCAGUAACUGCCCCAAGGCCAUGAAGAGGCUGAUGGCCGACUGCCUGAAGAAGAAGCGGGAGGAGAGGCCUCUCUUCCCACAGAUCCUGGCCUCCAUAGAGCUGCUGGCGCGCUCGCUACCCAAGAUCCACCGCAGCGCCUCGGAGCCCUCGCUCAACCGCGCCGGCUUCCAGACGGAAGACUUCAGCCUGUACGCCUGCGCCUCCCCAAAGACCCCCAUCCAGGCUGGCUGCUAUGGGGAGUUUUCAGCCUUCAAGUAGUGCUGCAGACAUCACUAGUCCAUCCCUCAUCACCUUUUGCUAAGUCUUGUGUUCCUACAGUGGGUUCAUGCAUAAAGCUGAAAAAAAAAAUACCUAGUCUCAAAGAAUGUGCUGUUUCUCUUUCCUCUUAACCUGAAGAGCAACAGCCUCAAAUGGAGUUGCAAACAAACAAACAAAACAAAAAAGGAAAAAAAGAAAAGAAAAGAAAAACAACAGGAAAGUCUCUGCAACAGGACAUCUCUGGUUCACAAUAUGUAAUACAAACAACCAGGCUUGAACCCUCCCCCUUCCCCUCCAGCCACCACCACAACAACAACAACAACAACAACAACAACAACCACAACAACAACACUUGAAGACAAAACAACCAAGAGGAAAAAGAAGAGUAAGGGGGUCGACAAUGAAAUCCAAAAGAGACCGUGGUGAGAAGCAAAGAAACAAGUCCACUGGAGAGAGAAACGGACAUGCCCUCCCCCCUCACCCCUCCCCAUGACAGGCAAGAGAAUGAACAGGAGUGUUUGAAGGAAGAGCGUGAAGACAUUUAAGGGCAAAAGUGGAUGGAGUUGUUCUGGGAGAUCAGGCCUCAGCUCUCUCUCCGAAGAGAGCGGAUGAGCAGUGGGGUUGGGGAGGUGGAGGUGGUGGUGGGCACAGUCAGGGCACAGGAUACUCUUUAGCGACCAUUGGCACUUGAGGACUGUGGACUGAAUGACCAUACCCACCGCCCCCUCCCCCCAACGGUUGCUCAUUGGCUGGUGUGGGCCGACGGGAGUCAGGUCAGAUCCAAUCCCAGUGAGGUGUUUGAGGUCAUAGGGCCAACCAUGUUUGGAAGAUGACUUGAAUGACAUUUUUUAAUAUAUGUUUUAGGGUAUAACGGGAGCUGCUAGUGUAAAAGCUUUUCUUUUUUUCUUUUUUUUUUUCAUGUUGAGCUUGUCACAGCGGAAGAGGAUGGAUGUUCUUCCUCUUGGCUAUGUAGAAAGCAAGUCCUGUACAUUCCUUCCCCCAUGUUGUUGUUUAGUCUCAUGCCUGUACAGAAAAGCCGUGGCUCACUCCUACAGCAUCGCCGACCCACGCCUUCAGCAACCUCACAACCACUUACAUUCCAUGGCAGUGAUCGUUUGCUCUGUUGUACAAGGCCCAAUGUCAAGAGGAGGGGAAAUUGUCCAACGAGUCAAAUGUAGUUGAGCUUCAAAAAUCUAUACCAUGUGCAAAAUGGCCACUAAUUGUCAUUUUGGUGCUCCUUGAGUUUUUUUUCUUUUUUUUCUCUUGAAAAGCAGCUACGGAAACAUGCUUUAACCCCAGCUGUGAAUGACACGGCACAAUUCCGCAGAGACUGAGAAGGUUUUAUUGGUUUUUGCCAGGGCACACCGGCUUUGAGUCGAUAAGCUACAUUCAAAUAUGAGGUGCAAUCUGCAUAGAGCCAAACAGACAGUACCUUUCACUGGCUGUGUCAGUGCCACAGCAUGCUGUAAAAGGCAGACCAGCUUUUAACCAGCUUACCCGUAUUACAGUGUCAGAUAUCAAUAUCACUGUAAAAUAUAUUCUGUGAAAGGUUAUGGUUGCCGUAGAGCUAUGCCUUCUUUCUUUCAAAAACAAGCUUCAGGACACGUUGGCUAAUGGCAUUUUCACGAAAAGCCAGGCCAGAAUGUGAUGAUGCGGAUGUAUUUACAUGGCUACAUUCUCACAGAUUUUGUUGGCGACACAUUUAUAUGUAGAAUUUUUUUUUUAUUUAUUUAUUGCCAAAUUGAUGAACAUAAGUGUCCAGAGAAGGUCAGUGUAAACUGGUCACCGUUGUUUACGUUAACACCAUGGAAACGCAAUUCUAUACUUGUGAAUUUGCAGGUCAAAGUCUGUUGAAAUGAAUUUGGUGCAGUGCAAAAAAAAAAAAGCUUUUAAAAAAGCUUUGGCAUUCAACAGAAUGCUUGUGGUAUUUCAAAUGUGUUUUGUCUGUCUGGCUUUAAACACCAAAAAGUUUGGCCUGGGAAAUGUUACAAGAUGGUUGCCAUCUUUUGUGCGCAGAAACCACAUAGACAACUGCAUAAGGCUAGGAGUCUCUUGGAAUUUCUGAAACUUGCCAGCUUUUUUUUUUUUUGUAGAAAUACUUCUCAAAUUUUGCAUUCCAGUGUCUGUCUGAAGGGGGUCAAUGUUUUUUUUUUUAUUAUUGUUUCUAUUGUUUUGCCUUUUUUUCUUGUAGACAGGCAGGCCUGCACAGUUAGACUUUAUUUAUGACUUAAAAUGUAUUGACUCACUUUUUUUGUUUUUGUUCCUAGAGUACUCUAUUUUUUAGCUGUAACUGUAUUUGUUUAACUUUUUAUUGUGGAUCCUGAGAUGCUUGUACUUGCACUUUGUGGAAAUUGGUUGAAGCAAACAAGCAAUUUUGCCUUUUUAUGGACUAAUAAAUAUUGUCAUGAGCAUAAUGGCACCAGUUAAUGAAGCGUUGUAAAGCAGCUGUGUGUUCAGGAGCAGAGAGGACCCAGAGCGAGCAGUGAUGUGCUGAGGGUGGUGCUUCCAUCCCCAGUGAUGUGCUGAGGGUGGUGCUUCCAUCCCCAGUGAUGUGCUGAGGGUGGUGCUUCCAUCCCCAGUGAUGUGCUGAGGGUGGUGCUUCCAUCCCCAGUGAUGUGCUGAGGGUGGUGCUUCCAUCCCCAGUAAUGUGUUGAGGGUGGUGCUUCCAUCCCCAGUCCUCCCUCCCUCGUUUGACAAUUCCUACAUCAGUAUGACAUUUUGUUUAGCCUUUUUGACAGAAGACAUUCCUCAGUAUUUUGUUAUCCCUCCAAAGAACCCCAUUUCUGCAAGUACAUAUAGUACUUUAGAUUAUUAUUAUGAUAAUUGUUAUCCCCUUAAUGGUGUGUGUUAAUCAGCCCUUCGCCAGACUUUGCAAGGGCGUAUUUUCGUUGUUGUGGCUGGCAGAGAUCACGUCCAUCCGCUUUCACGAGCCUGCCUCCCACUCCUCCUUUUAAGAUGAGCAUCCAUCACACGUUCUCUCUCGCUCUACCUCUUUUCUCUUGAGGCUACACAGCGCUUGCAUGCCGCCUGGCUUUUGUUUCUACCUAAUGACUCCAUGUCAUGCUUGCUAUUGUACAGAAUACCCCGCGGGCGCUACUCGACACAUGCGCAUAUGGUUAAACACAAGCAAGGAUCCAUGCCCCCGAUUUGGGUCUCUUCUGAUUCAGGGGAGUGGCAGAACAGAUGUUUCCUCAUGAGGAAUCGCAAAGCGAAGAGCAAGUUGUUUGGUUUUGGUGUCGAUGGAGAUGGAGUGCCGUCAGAGCCUGAAGAGGAGAUGUGUUGGUUACGGUCAUAAAGUGUAUAUUAUUUCUGAUAUCCUGGCCCACUGGCACAGCCACCACUAGCUUCUGUGCAACUUUACAAACCAGGAACAGGAAAGCUACGGGAAUAAAUGGGAGUGUGUUUUUAAUGAGUGUGGUAUUUAUUUUUAAGAUGUUCUUAUUUUCUAUAAGAAUGUUGUUUGGGGAGGGGGAGGGAUAGUGGAGGUGUGGAUAUUUCCAGAUGUUUCAUCUUGGCUAUGGGAUGAGAGAAUAUGGGACUUGACUGAGGUGUCUUUUAUAUAUUUCUUCUAGAACCUUCCCCUCCCUCUCCCCUGUUUCCUGUUUUAGGUUCCAGAAUGUUCUUCGUGUCUGAGACUCUUGCUCUUAACAAUUUUCCCCCAUUUUCAUUUUUCUCUUCUAUUCCUGCUUCCUUGCCUGCACCUUAAAUCUCUUUGUCCCAUAAACCCAUUCAGCUGAGCACUAUCCCCACACCUUUUUUUGGGAGAUUGUUUUCACCUGUAAAUAGCUGUACAAAGGAAAGAAGAAAAAAAACACUGUCUGUUUGCUAAGAGGCAUGGAGACUAAACAAAAUGAAAUGACCUAUAAAAUAUUUCGAAAUGAAGACAUAAAGGAUGACACAAAAAUAUCCAGACAUUUUGAUAUAGGAAAUUCUGAGAAAAUAUUUCUGUGUAAAAAUAUUUAAGACUGUAUAUUAUAAAAGGAAACAGAGCUUAAUGUAUUUGUUGUGAAUAUGGAAAACUGAUAUAUUAAAGAAGUGCAUGAAAACUGUCAAAA